UAGUAUGGAAUACCUCCUGCUAGCAGUACCCGCAUAGAAGGUUGUAACGUAAUGUUGUGUUUUGUUUCGCGUUUCUAUACUCGGUGCUUUCCCGUUCUAAGUGACUCAUUCAUUCGUAAAAAUAGCGAUGUAAAGAUGCAGAUAAUGAAUGAAAGAGUAGAUUGAAUUGCAUACGGGUUUGCGGGCGAAACAAGCUGACGUUAGCUGAAGCCGAAGACGGCUGAUGUAAAAUAGUAAAUGUACUAGUCGUGUAAUAGUUGGCAUCCAACUUUCGUACGGUUACAUCGAGUAAAGUAGAAGGUAGUACGGUAGUGAACAUUUUCAGCGUAUUCGUGCAACGAAAGUGUGUUCGAGUUCGCUUCCCCCCUUCCUUCUUACGGUACGUUUACUUUACAUCGAGGGUCGUCGAUCGUUCGCGGUACGAUUACAACGUUGCCAGCCCGUUUCACAUUACUUUUUCAUCACUAGAGGCGUGAAAGUGUAUUAUUAGUAGAUGCGCAUAUUUUACACUCGAUGCAGUGUUCGCUUUACUGUGCAUUGUUUCGUUUGUUUCGUCGUGGCUCUCAAGAGUUUAAUGCAAUCUGUUCGGUGAACUUUAAUCAUCCAUUGCUCGUUUAGUUACCUAUUUUACUCAUUUCUAACUCACACCAUUCCAACUUCUAAUGAUGGACAGCUGCGAAGAUCUCACCGAUGACGAAGAAUAUGGCGAUUUAUCGAACGACGUAAUGAUCAAAGUAGAACCAGUAGAAGAAGAUGGUGAUAUCGAAGACAUCGACAAUGAUGCAGACUUCGACCCUGAAAGAAGCGUAGGAGUACCGGAAAAAUCCAAACACAGAUACGAGUCGAUGUACGACGGUUUUGUCAAAUGGCAAGAAGAUAAUGGUUACGCCGGUCACUUCAUCCAAGACGUAGUGUUGAAGUUUUUUACCGAAUUAGCGAAUAGCAAGUCUCCAGCAACGUUAUGGAGUUGUUAUUCGAUGCUGAGGAGUAUGCUGCACUUGAAGCAGAACGUCGAUAUUUCAAAAUACACCGACCUUAAGGAGUUCAUCAAGUCUAGGAAUAAAGAUCACAUCCCCGUCAAAGCUAAAAUAUUCACUGAUGAACAAUUACUGAAAUUUAUCAACGAAGCACCCGAUGCCGUGUAUCUAGCGACUAAAGUUGUUCUUAUUUUUACUCUGAUGGGAGCUUGUAAAACAGACGAACUGGUCGAUAUGGGUGUUAAUCAAAUUGAAACUCACGGACGAAUGUACCUAGUCAAGAUACCGAAUCCUGGAACAAAUACUCAUCGAUCUUUCACCAUCAGCGAUCAAUAUUACGAUUUAGUUGAAAAAUACUGGAAUUUGAGACCAGCCAACUUGAGAUCCGAUCGGUUUUUCACCAAUUAUCAAAGAGGCAAAUGUACGGUACAGUUCAUCGGUAAAAACAAAUUUACCAAGAUGCCGAAACAAAUUGCCGAAUAUUUGCACCUAGAUGAACCAGAACGUUAUACAGGGCACAGUAUUCGUUGCACUACGAUAACUACUUACGCCACUGGAGGCAUUAAAAGAAGACCAGGAGUUCGCAACAUUAGUCAAAGAUCUUGCAAAAAAAAAACUAACGCGCUCAUCCAAUCUUGCGCCGGAUUCGAUCAAUUAUCAUCUGAAAACUCCGACAGUGAAAGUUCCUCAUCGAUCAAAAAACAUAAAGAAAUGCAGGACUUCGUCCCUGUUGACUUGGAUUUAUCAAUGGACUCGGCAUCUAUGGCCAGUAAUCAAUUUUCAACGUCAGAUCAACCAAAACAAGAUGAAAGUCGGGAAUCACCGAGUGCUGGAGAUCAACACAUAGAUCAAAGUCACGUCGAUUUAAUAAAUAAGUAUUUCACUUUUGAAAAUUGCUCCAAUAUUCAUAUUACUUUUCAUAGUAGACCUAAAUAAGGUAAAAUGUGAUACCUAAGUAUUUUCGUUUUGUUCCAAGUAAUUUAAAUUUUCUUUAAUUGAAUCUUCGUGUAUCUACUUUGAAGUUUUUUAUUUUUGUGGCAUUAUUCAUUAUUUUGUUCAAAGGCAGAAUUUUCGUUUUUAUUUUUAUAUUCAUGUCAAAAACUACAAAGCUAAGUAUUUUUUGUUUAAUUUUUUCUAUUUUUGAAAUAUAAGUUGAGAACCCGAA